UAACCUCUUGGGUUAGAAUAGGGUUUGGUUAAAGGCAGUCGGCCUACGAUCAUUAUAAAAAUGUUAUUUCCAUCUAGGUCACAGAAAGGUGCAGUAAGGGAUAUAACUGAUGCAUUGGUGUGCAGUUAUAAUAUGCCUCAUUGAUAUACGGAACCUUAUAACAGCCACAAGACAUUUUGUCAUUGGCCUGCCUAAAUGACUAGUUUUAGGAUGUUUGUAUUAGAGGCAGAGAGUAUUAUCAGGAACCGUUUAACAGCUUUAGCAAGGCAUUCCACUGCCCCGCAAGAUUACAGAGUUGGACUAGAGUCCACCAGUGUUGACAUGAACUAAAUGUCAGCUGUCUCGCCAUUUUGCUGGAAAGGAGAACAAACAUGAUUUAUCCAGAUGUCAGUGAAUGGAAUGAGGAAUAGGUUUCCUUCCAUGACUGCAGUGCUGUGGCAGAGAAAAUAAAUGAUGCCUGGGAUUUGAGCUUGACCCUCCAGAACUUUCUACCAUGAUUCCUGAUGUAUGAGAGCUUGUGCCAUUGACUCUCUGAACACCUAAAUACGCAGUUAUGGCGCAGUGAGUCUGGGUGGGAUCCUGAGUGUCAUUACCAGAGAACAGCUCACCUGUGGAGUGGUACAUCAGGACACUGCCAGGAUUCAGUGUAUAACACAGACAGUGUAUCUCAGCUCAGGAAAACAGCACAAUCUAAUUCGUGCCCUGUGUAGGAGCCAGCAUGAUUGAGUUCAUUGAACUGAAGGACCUCACGCCUAAUGAUAGGAUUGAGCUAGCGCCCCCUGCUGUCCCCACUAAAGCACGACAGCUGCCGAUGGACAAGGUUCCGGAGAGGCCAAGGCGAGGUGUGGUGGUGCGCCUGGACGAGGCGGACUGGGUCGCAGGCAGACAUGGAGCGGGACAUGUCUUCCAGCCCAGCAGCCACGCCCACCUCACUUGGUGUGACCUUUGUGGGGAGUUCAUCUGGGGGCUGUACAAACAGAACCUGCGCUGUGUCAACUGCAGAUACACCUGCCAUUCCCGCUGUCAGCCUUUUAUCAAGUUGGACUGCAUCUCCCUGAACACUUUGCCUGGACUCUCAGACUACAGUGAGAACACUGAGACGGAUACCAACGUGGAUGAUCCAAUUGACUGGCAGAAGCUGGAUGUGCCCCUCAGUGAGAUCCAGCGGAAAAUUAAGCAGUACAAUGCUCAAGUCAACAGCAACCUUUACAUGACCCUGAACCAGGACGGUUCGUACACAGGUUUCAUUAAGGUCCAGUUCAAGCUGGCUCGGCCUGUGUCUGUGCCUCUCCUGCGAAGGCCUACUUCCUCCUCGCCUCAACAGGGUGGCUGGCGAGCAGCGGUGAAUCACAGGACGUCGUUCUACCUCCCUCGAGACACGGCCGAGCACCUGCACGUGAGCUCGCGCACCCGGGCCCGUGAGGUCAUCGAGGCACUGCUGAACAAGUUCAGAGUAGUGGACAGGCCAGCCAAGUUCGCGUUGUUCGAACACAGCAUGAGACGCGACCAGGUCUACCUCAGGAAGUUAUCUGACGAUGAGUGUCCCCUCCUGCUUCGCCUGUGUGCAGGCCCCAGUGAGAAAGCCCUGGGCUUUGUGCUAAAGGAGAAUGAGCUGGGGGAGGUCAACUGGGACGCGUUCAGUCUACCUGAGCUGCGGAACUUCCUGCGCAUCCUACAGAGAGAGGAGGAGGAACACAUGCAGCAGAUCACGCGCCGCUACUCAGCGGCACGGCACAGGCUGGCCGAGGCACUGCAGAACUUCAGCACACCUGGCUGAGGGUGAAGGAGGGGAAAGACAUGAGCUGUGCAGGACAUACCCCACGCUGGACACUACUGGAGAGCUUGUGUUUAUAUCAUUGCUGUCCAAAUCCAAAGAGCAUAGAGAAGUGAACAGGUUCAGAGAGCACCCCACCUCCUGCUAUGACAAACAGUGCCAGUAGAGAGGACUAGAGAAGUAAGAGAAACCGAUUUAAAAUUGUUUUUGCCUGAGAUUCUACACCGUCUGGCUGCUGAAGCUUGUGAAUGAACUGAAUGAUUUGAUCAAAGGCUUUUUUUUUUUUUUUAUCUUUGAUUAACUCAAUAGAAAAGUAAUCGUAAGGUUGCUGGCUCAAGCCCCACCACUGCCAAGUUGCCACCGUUGGGCCCCUGAGCAAGACCCUUAACCCUCAAUUGCUCAAGUUGUACUCAGUCAUAAUUGUAAGUUGCUAUGGAUAAAAGUGUCAGCUAAAUGCCAUAAAUGAAUUGGAUAAUAUCCAAGUCCUUGGUUACCUUCAACAUUACACAUGUUCGCCUAUGAAAACCACAAAUGGUCAUCAAGAUGUCCUGCCAGUAUCCCUGCGAACAUGUUAUGUUGUUGAUGGUCAAGAACUGAUUGCAAGAAAUUCUGAUUGCAAACAGUACUAUAUAACAAAGGCUCUUGUCCAUUUUCCCCAUUUAAAGACUGUUUAUUAAGCACUAAAUAAUGACUUUCAUUUUGCAGUUCUGAAAUGUGAAAAGUGACCAUUCUAAAAAUGUGAAAAUGUUAGUUUAAUAAACAGCAUUGUACUAAUGUGUGGAUGCAUUAAUGA